UUGUCUCUAUUAAUAUAUCAGUUCUAGUUUCUUAAUUACUCACUUAUUCCUCACUUCCUUUGACCAGACCAUAUAUAAAUUUAGCUAUUAGGUUUCACCACAGUAUAUAUUUCAGCUCAUCUCAUUUUGGUUUUUCUUGUUUGUUUGGAUCUUUCUUCAGGGCGGAGUUCUGAACCAAAAGUUAUACGUACCAUGGAUAAGAGUACCUAUCUUCGGUGUGACAAGGUUAAAGACAAAUGGGAUUGUGAGAAAUUUGGUUUUCAAGGUGAUCAUUCAUAUGGAUUAACAUGGCCUCCAAGAAACUAUAACUGCAGCUUUUGCAAGAGAGAAUUCAGGUCUGCUCAAGCUCUUGGUGGUCAUAUGAACGUUCAUAGAAGAGAUAGAGCCAGGUUGAGACAGUUACCUUCACCAGUUCCGGAAUUUCAGAACCCUAAAUUUAACUCUAACUCUAACCUUAACCCUAGUUUCUCUUCGUCACCUCCUUCAUCUAAGUUGUUACCAUUCCCUUACACAACUAAGUCCUUGCUUUCUCCAUCUCUCACAGUUUUCUCUUCAUCAUCCUCAGCUUCUACAAAUGAGGCAAAGAAACGAUUACUUGAGUGUACUGGGCGAGAUGCUUUGACCCCUAGAUGGGGAGAUAUAACUAAGAAGAAGAACUUGAUGGCUGAAUGGACCGGUAAAUUGAAGGGUACUUGUGCACACAAGCUUUCCAAGAAAGAGGAAUUUAUCAACAUGGAAUUAGAGAUGGGGUUAAAAGAUCCCAAAGAAGUUCUAGAUUUGGAGCUUCGGCUUGGGCAUGUUUAAGUGCAAUCUUCACCAAUUCUAUGUGCCAUAAUCGAAAUAUUUGGCUUUGAAUUUGGUUCUUUUCGUGAAAGUAUUUUGUUUACCAUAGCUCGAUCGAUUAAUUUUUCCGUACACUAGUUUACAUACUCCAUUUGCUAUUUUGCUUCUCUUCAGUCUUACAUCUCAGUACUAGAUUGUAUAUGUAUGGGAAGAUUAAUUAAGAUCCAAUUUACAUUUACAUUGUGGCUUAA